GUGGAGAAGCCUCAGAAGCUGUAUAUAAAGGUUUCCUGGAGGAUGGAUCAGCCUGUUUCUGGAUAAGAGAGCAGGUCUGAUAUCUGUGGUUGGAGGAUGAAGCUCUAUGUGUCCAUCAUCUUGCUGCUGGUACCGGUACUGGUCAGUGGAAACGAUAGGCACUGCAGCCUCGAUGAUAGCAUAAAAUCAUUAGUGUCUGAUUACUGCAAAGCUCCCAAUCUCCAGUGUAAAUAUAUUACUGAAAGGUCAGCAGACGCCAGCUGUCCACCAGGUCACAUUGUUACAGGUUGUUCCUGUGGACAAUCAUGCGGAUCAUGGAACGUUGUAGAUAGCACCAAAUGUCACUGUCAGUGCGCUAACAUGGACUGGACCACGGCCGUCUGCUGCAAGACUUCAUCCCCGUAACAGCAGAAGGUAGCGGGUGGCGUGUACCAGCUGACAUCACAUCACUGCCGGCCCCGUCCUUACUGUACAUCAUAUAAUGCUGUAUUUCCAAACAUGGAACUUUGCCAUAAAGCGUAAGAAAUAAACAUGAA